AUGGACAAGACUCUAAGCAAUAUUAUGGAGCUCCCGGACCAAACUCCGGACGUCCUGGACCUGUGUUUGCAAAGGAAGCGCGGAAGAAGAAAGGAAAUAUGUCGACAGAAGAACCCACGACUACAGCGGUGCGCCAAUCUCGCAGUCUGGCGGGACACUUCCCCGGAGUUUGGACUCCUGGACAGCGAACGCCUACUACGAAAGAAGCUUCUGGCCGCGGGUCUGGUCCCAAUGCAAGACGAUGACGGCGCGCGAGUAUCGACUCCGGGACAGAAGCGGGAAACUGACGGGUCGCCAGACGUGUCGCCCCCGACCGACCGUCCAGAGACGCGGUCACCGUUUAGGAGACCGAUACUGGUAUCGGCGGCUGACCUGGCCUUAGUGCCUACGACUCCCCUGGCCAGAACCGGUACUAACGGUCCGACCCUGACCCUGGCCAGAACUGGUACCGACGGUCGUGAUGCCGACGCCGAAACCUUAGAGCGCUAUUCGAUACCUGUUCCAGCUCCCGGAUUCACCUCCCUAGUCGUAGAGGGGUACAGAGCCACGAUAACGGUGGCCACCGGAGGGAUACAGGACAUCCAGAAGGCCUAUGAAGAAUUCACUUGGGGCAUUAAAGAGCAACAACGAACGGCGUCUCUACUGUUUUUCCAACAAGCCAAUGAGGACCGGGCUAGUUUACUGGGUGUUCAGGAAUCCCAGUUGGUAGAGGUGGCCGAAGGAUUCCUACGGGCCACGAAAACCCAUGAAAGUCGCGGUCAUGAUGAGUUCCAGAAGGCCCUGACCUACCUCCGUGACUGCUAUACUCGUGAGCUGGACGUUGCCUGGGUUCAGGUAACCAACGAAGCGAACGAGGUCCUUCACCGGGAAGCGGAAAAGAAUGCUCUCUCCUGGGAGGACCAGACCCGGGAACUGGAACGACAACUGGCUCUGAAAUGGGAACAACGUGAAGCCCUCCUGGUACGGGACAAGGACCCCGACCUCCUGGUUCUCGAAGUGCGCCGCCGGGAAGACCAUCUGCGUCACGACGGCCUCCUGUGCAGUCUCCGGAAAGAACUCCGGACCCACAAGCGGAACCAUCAAGAGGAAAUCCUUCUAGUACGGGAAGCUACCCGUGACGAGGACAUAUCUCGAGCAUGCGGAGAAGAUCCCUCGCCCUGGACACGGGAACAGCUGGAACGGGAGAGGCACGCCAAUAAAGAGGUGCUGCGCCAGGACCUCACCCUGAGCCAUACGUAUGAGGAGGUGGAACGCCAGCGGGCCCAGCUACAAGUGGAAUAA